GGCCCCGCCUACGAUACAACCCCGCCUCCAGGAUGACCCCGCUCCACCUCCGAGACAGCCCCGCCCCCAAGACGGCCACGCCUACGAUACAGCCCCACCUCCGGCACUGCCGCGCUCCACCUCCGAAACAGCCCCGUCCCCAGGACAGCCCCGCCUCCGACACUGCACCGCCUCCGAGAACACCCGUUCUGCCUGAGACAGCCCCGCCACCAGGCCAGCUCGCCUCCGAGACCGCGCCGCCUCUGAGACCGCCCUGCCCCGCCUCUGAGGCAGUCACGUCUCCAGUGCAGCCCCGCCGCUGGGACCGCCUCUCCCCUAUGAGACAGCCCCGCCUCCAGUACGGCCCCGCCUCCUAGACCACCCUAGACCUCCUACACCUCCUAAACCACCCCGCCUCUGGGACCGCCCCGCCCCGCCUCCGAGGCCGCCCCGCUUCUGGUUCCGCUCCGCCCACCUUCGUGGCAGCCCCGCCUCCAGGACGACCCCGCCUCCGGGACCGCAGCGAUCAGCUCUGCGAGGCAGCCCCGCCUUCAAGACCUCCUUCCCCGCGCGCCGAAGCAGAGCCAGUCCGAAAAUCCCCAGGAAUCCGUACUGCCCAGGCCUGAUAGAACCCAUGGCGACAUCUGCUGCUUUUGAGACCCUCAGAGCCGCUGCUGCCUUUGAGACCCUCAUGGAUGGAGUGACAAGCUGGGAUCUCCCCAGGGACCCCGUCCCCAGUGAACUCCUUCUUAUUGGAGAGGCUGCCUUCCCCGUGAUGGUGAAUGACAAGGGCCAGGUACUCAUUGCUGCCUCCUCGUAUGGCCAAGGCCGCCUCAUGGUUGUGUCCCACGAGGGCUACCUGAUGCAUGCUGGCUUGACUCCAUUUCUCCUCAAUGCAGUGAGCUGGCUCUCUCCCUGCCCUGGGGCUCCUGUGGGAGUGCAUCCAUCCCUGACACCUCUAGGAAACAUCCUGCAGGAUGCUGGGCUUGAGGCACAGAUCAAGCCAGAACCAGGAAAGCCCCUGUGUGUUUACUGCAUCAGUGCCUACAAUGAUGCCAUGACUGCGACGCUGAUCCAGUUUGUGAAACAUGGAGGGGGCUUGCUCAUUGGGGGCCAGGCGUGGUACUGGGCCAGCAAGCACGGCAGUGACAAGGUGCUGUCCAAAUUCCCUGGGAACAAGGUGACAAGUGUGGCUGGAGUGUACUUCACCGACACCUAUGGGGACAGGGCCCGGUUCAAGGUCUCGAAGAAGGUGCCCAAGAUCCCACUCCAUGUCAGGUGUGGGGAGGAUGUCAGGCAGGACCAGCAGCAGCUCCUGGAGGGGAUCUCAGAGCUGGACAUUAGGACAGGGGGAGUCCCCUCAGAGCUGCUGGUGCAUGGAGCCCUGGCCUUCCCUCUGGGGCUGGAUGCCUCACUCAACUGCUUCCUGGCAGCUGCUCGCUAUGGCCGAGGCCGGGUGGUCCUGGCUGCCCAUGAGUGCCUGCUCUGUGCUCCCAAGAUGGGGCCCUUCUUGCUCAAUGCUGUGCGCUGGCUGACCGGAGGCCAGACAGGCAAAGUUGGGGUGAACACAAGUCUAAAAGAUCUGUGUUCCCUCCUAUCAGAGCAUGGCCUGGAAUGCAGCUUGGAGCCACAUCUGAACAGCAACUUGGGUGUCUACUGCUGCAAGGCCUACAGUGACAAGGAAGCUAAGCAGAUGCAGGAGUUUGUGGCUGAGGGUGGGGGGCUGCUGAUUGGGGGCCAGUCCUGGUGGUGGGCCUCCCAGAACCCUGGCCACUCCCCCUUGGCUGGCUUCCCUGGUAACAUCAUCCUCAACUGCUUUGGCCUCAGCAUCCUGCCUCAGACUCUCAGCGUAGGCUGCUUCCCUGUUCCAACCCCUGAGAUGAGAAGCUACCACUUCCGCAAGGCACUGUCUGAGUUCCAGGCUAUAUUAAACCAUGGAAAUGGGAACUUGGAAAAGAGCUGUCUGGCAAAGUUGAGAGUUGAUGGCGCAGCCUUCCUACAGAUUCCUGCGGAGGGGGUCCCUGCUUACAUAUCCCUGCACAGGCUCCUGAAGAAGAUGCUAAGAGGGUCUGCACUCCCAGCUGUGAGCCAGGAAAAUCCAGUUGCUGGUGACUCCAUUGAGGCUGCAAUGCUCUCUCUGGCCACUCGGCUGGCUCACUCUCUAACUGACUGCUCCCAGCUAGCCAAGGAGCUUGGCACCAGGACCUGCUCCUCCAAUUUGUACCCCUCAAAACACCCCAUCACCGUGGAGAUUGAAGGAAACAACCCAGGCAACAAUGAUUGCUGGGUGAGUACUGGGCUCUACCUCCUGGAAGGACAAAAUGCAGAAGUCUCACUGUCUGAAGCUGCUGCCUCUGCUGGCCUGAAGGUACAGAUUGGUUGCCACACUGAUGACCUGACCAAGGCCAGGAAGCUAUGUCGAGCCCCCGUGGUGACUCACCAAUGCUGUAUGGACAGGACCAGUCAGUCAGUCUCCUGCCUCUGGGGUGGCCUUCUCUACGUCAUUGUGCCCAAAGGCAGACAACUAGGCCCUGUGUCUGUCACUAUCACGGGGGCUGUGCAUGCCCCAUACUACAAGCUGGGUAAGACAUCCAUAGAGGAGUGGAAGAGGCAGAUGCAGGAGAACCUGGCUCCCUGGGGAGAGCUGGCCACGAACAACAUCAUCCUGACAGUGCCAACCACAAAGCUCCAGGCCUUGGAAAACCCUGAGCCUGUGCUCCGCCUCUGGGAUGAGAUGAUGCAGGCUGUGGCCAGACUGGCGGCUCAGCCCUUCCCUUUCCGCCGACCCGAGAGAAUUGUGGCUGAUGUGCAGAUCUCAGCUGGCUGGAUGCAUUCAGGAUACCCCAUCAUGUGCCACCUGGAGUCUGUGCAAGAGCUCAUCAAUGAGACGAGCAUGAGAAGUCGGGGUCUGUGGGGCCCCAUCCAUGAGCUUGGCCACAACCAACAGCAGGAUGGAUGGGAGUUCCGCCCACACACUACCGAGGCCACCUGCAACCUUUGGUCAGUCUAUGUGCAUGAAACAGUCCUAGGGAUCCCCAGGGCUAAGGCCCAUGAGGCUCUGAGCCCUCCAGAACGAGAGAGGAGAAUCAAGGACCACCUGGGAAAAGGAGCUCCCCUGUGUGACUGGAAUGUGUGGACAGCCCUGGAAACAUAUCUGCAGCUCCAGGAGGCCUUUGGGUGGGAGCCAUUCAACCAACUCUUUGCUGAGUACCAGACCCUCUCUCACCUACCCGAAGACAACACUGGCAGGAUGAAUCUAUGGGUGAAGAAGUUCUCUGAAAAAGUGAAGAAGAAUCUGGUUCCCUUCUUUGAGGCCUGGGGCUGGCCUGUCCAGAAGGAGGUGGCUGACAGAUUGGCCUCCCUACCAGAGUGGCAGGAAAACCCCAUGCAAGUGUACCUCUGUGCCAAGAAGUAAAGGAUGCCCAACAAUGCGGGAGAGAAGAGGCAAGAUCACGCCGCCAACUCCACCACCAGGGUUUUGGCCACAUGUGCUCAGUACCUGGAGCCUGAAUCCUCCUUACCAGCCUGAGCUCUAGGUGGUGGCCAAGGUCAUAAGAAUAACUUCAACCCAUUUCUGAAAAAGGUUCUCUUGUGCUUCCUUUUAUUGUUUUUCUGUUGACACUGUUUCUUUCCCCAGGAGACUCACUUCACCUCUUAGUCUCCCAGAAAGGAUGUUUCAUCCUGCCUUCCUGAGGGUUCUAUUUUUGACCAAUAGCUCUAAAGACCAUGGGUUCCCAUAACAACCAUAUCCCUUUCUCAUCCCUGCCGUCCCUGAACAAAGAUUCUAACUUGUUAUGCUUUAAGAAGUUUUCUAAUAGCAAGACACACCGGAAUCGUGGAGAGAGCCCUAAGCCAGCUUUGGUUUUACAGAAAAUCACUUCACCUCUCUGUGUUUCUGUCUUCACAUCCAUGACAUCGGUAUAGGAAUCUUUUCCUCGCAAAGCCGUUGUUUGGUAACGGUGAACAUGUUUGAAACCACAAUAUGCACAGACAUUACGUGUGUAUAGGGUACUCCUUAGAUUUCUCCCGGUCCCAUAGUGGACUGUUACGGUGUCGAGUCUAGCAUGCACAUCCUGGGCACUGAAUCUCACUUCAGUGUUCACCCCCUUGAUGUCCAUAUUCAGUCCUUGUAUAUUUAGAGAAUACCGAUGUUUUCCCAGACAUGCUCUCAAUAAUGGUAGUUGUCAGCAGUAUCCUAGCCCUUUUUACAUGUUUUCUCUCUCUGCUCGAAGGAUUCUUGGGUAUAACCUAACCUCCCCAAAAAGAGUCCUGUGCUCAAACUGAGGGUCACAGAGCUGGGGGGUUAGGUCUUUGGGGACAGCUCUGUCUUCCAGUACUUUUGUUUCAACCAAAGGGCAAAGUCAUAUUAACAACUGCUACUAAGUCUAUAUACCUAUUCAGUCUUACUACAAAACAGGCAACUGACUUCUCUGGUCACAUGGAAUCAAGGCACUGACGUAGGGGUCAGGGAGGUCCACAGGCACAGUGGGCUUCACUCUGGAACAGGAUUACUGCGUGCAGCAGACCCAGUCAUACUUAAAAUCAACUCACAACCCAGCGUCCCCUGAGCUUUCUCUUAAUCUUCUAGCCCAGCCCAACUCUUUGGUUAGGGGAGUUCUCACUGGAGAUUUGUCUCUGGGAUUCAUGGGUGUAUGCCCAGAUCUUUUCGCCAGUUCACUUUUAGACCAUGUUAUCGUUUGUUUUGAAUAUCAGUCAUUAAGCUUUGUUGAGAGUAGAGUGGCUUCCCAUGAGGACAACUCACUUACAGCAAGUCUUUUGCUGAACACCAUCAGCAUAUCCUUCCCAAUUCUAGAUCAUUUCCUUUUAUUUCUCUAGUAGCCUCGCCAGGGGCUUUGCACAUGAAAGUGUUCAUGAAAUAUCUGUCAGAUGAAAGAACAGUAAUGACACCUAACACAUAAUGAGUGGGCAGUAUGUUGGAGUCAUUGUGUGAGGUAUUUACUGUGAAUUAUCUCAUGUAAUCUUCCCAGCAGUCCUCUGAGAUAGGUUAUGGUAUUAUUCCCAUUUCAUAGAUGAGAAAACUGACACUCUGGGAUAUAAAACAACUUUUCUGAAGGCACAAAAGUGAAUAAGAGAAACAGCCAGGGCCUAAUUGAAGCCCAUAACCAUGAAAACAUUGUGGAACUCACUCUUCAUGAAUGGUUUAUGAGUUAAACAAAAUGUCACCUAGAAAAUAGAUAAAAAUAUGUUCAACAAAGUCUGGAUUUUUCUGAUAUUUACUACUGAAUUUUCAUUCAGUAACAAACUUCACUUCCAAAAAGGUGUUAGUAUCUGAUUUUCUACCUGCCUCAGCAUGUCAUUUGUCUGCCUUUGGGUAAACCAGCCUUGGGUAGAGAAGGGAUUUGAGCCCAGGAAAUUCAUCUCCUGAACUGCUGGGUGUUUAUUUUUUUCGUUAAGAUUUGGGAUACAUGUGCAGAACAUGCAGGUUUGUUACAUAGGUAUAUAGGUGCCAUGGUGGUUUGCUGCACCUAUCAACCCAUCAUCUAGGUUUUAAACUCUGCAUCCAUCAGGUAUUUGUCCUAAUGCUCUCCCUCCCCUUCUCCGCAAUCCCCUGACAAGCCCUGGUGUGUGAUGUUGCUCUCCCUGCGUCGAUGUGCUGUCACUGUUCAUCUCCCACUUACGAGAGAGAACAUGUGGUGUUUGGUUUUCUGUUCCCGUGUUAGUUUGCUGAGAAUGGUAGCUUCCAGCUUCAUCAUGUCCUUGCAAGGAAAAAUAAACUCAUUCUUUUUUAUGGCUGCAUAUUAUUCCAUGGCAUAUCUGUACCACAUUUUCUUUAUACAGUCUAUCACUGAUGAGCAUUUGGGUUGGUUCCAAGUCUUUGCUAUUGUAAAUAAUGCUGCAAAAAAUAAACAUACAUGUGCAUGUCUCUUUAUAGUA